UGUUUUCAUUGGACACAAGAAAGCUUCUCAACAAAAAAAAAAAAAACUAACCAACCAAAUGAACACCCUUCAACCAACCCUGAAACCAUUCAAAUGGAACCCAACUCCCAAACCAACAUCAACCAUCUUUAACACAAAACUUCAAUGUUGUGCCUCAUCAUCAGCUGGCAACAUCAAACGUAUGGUUCUUACAAAAGAAGGCAGAACCAAGUUCAACAUUACUUCUGAUAGAGACUUCUAUGCAUUUCCAAGAUUUGUAACCCAUGUCGAUAACGACUUCCUCGAUACGUUAACGGGCCUGUAUCGAGAGCGAUUAAGGCCCGAGUUUGAAAUUCUUGACCUCAUGAGCUCAUGGGUUAGCCACCUUCCAAAAGAAGUCAACUACAAGAAGGUAGUAGGACAUGGGCUCAAUGCACAAGAGCUAGCAAAGAAUCCAAUACUCGAGUAUUUCGUGGUUAAAGAUCUUAACCAAGAUCAAAAGUUUGAAUUUGAUGAUGCAAGUUUUGAUGCAGUGUUAUGUACAGUUAGUGUUCAAUAUCUCCAAGAGCCCGAAAAGGUUUUUGCUGAGGUGUUUCGGGUUUUGAGGCCUGGUGGAGUGUUUAUAGUGAGUUUUAGUAAUAGAAUGUUCUACGAAAAGGCGAUUGGUGCGUGGAGAGAAGGGACGGGGUAUAGUAGAGUGCAGUUGGUGGUUCAAUAUUUUCAAUGUGUUCAGGGGUUCACUGAGCCAGAAUUGGUGCGAAAACUAAACGAUGGGAAGGUGGAUCGGUCGCCUUUAGGUGUGAUCAAAGGGUUUUUGGGAUUGUUGUCUGGAUCAGAUCCUUUUUAUGCUGUUAUAUCGUAUAAGAACUUCAAACCUAUAUAUGAAUGAUCAAUGAUUUUGUGUUGUUA